CCCGUGCCAAUCACUCCGUAGUAAGCAACCUGGGCACGCACACAUAUGCACCAGUCUGCCACUUCUGCCUGCUGUCCUCAUCACCCCCUAUAAAAACAGACACACUACCCCCCUCCUCACACAGACACAGGGUCUGCUCCCUCCCAUCCAGGAUCCUGUUUAGAAAGUUAUCCUGUCAGGGGCGGGUGAAAGGAGGACAAGAGGGGAGAGACUGGGCACUUCACACAACACUCUGGAGACUGUACCCACUAGAUGUCUUGUUGCCUCUGUCUGGAUUGGCAUUUUGCAUCACCUGGCAUACAUACCCCCUGAAGGAAGAUACCUAAGAAAGGUUAGAUGCCCCCAGAUAUACUCGGCACACAUGUACGUGGCAACAUUGGCGCCAGUGUGGACUAUGAUACAUACACAUAUCAUACAUAAUGCAAUAUUCGAGGCUCCGUUCCUAUAAUACAUCAUGUAAUAGCAUCAUAAAAAUAUGUCAUGCCAGGCUCACAUGCAGAACCCAAAACAUGUAUAGGAUAUAGCGCCUAGGACACGUGUUGCGUGAUCUCGACUCGUAGUGGAAGGGAGAUGAGGACUAUACUUUAUUUUGUUCUGCUUUGCCUACAAGAAGCCCAACAUGCUAGUUGCAGUUCAGCCAGAGGGCAUUUUGGCAUCUGCCCUAACCAGCUGAAUGCCAACUUGUGGGUGGACGCCCAAAGCACCUGUGAAAGGGAAUGUGAAGCCGAUCAGGAUUGUGAACCAUUCGAAAAAUGUUGCACCAACGUUUGUGGCCAACGGAGCUGUGUGGCGGCACGCUACCCUGAUUCCGGUCUGCCAGCACCUGACGCCAUCCAUCCUGUCACCUGUGCAGGUUUUGUCUGUGCUCAGCAGGGUUCUGUCUGUGAGAUGUGGGAAGGGCGCCCAGUCUGCCGCUGUCGGGAGCGAUGUGGAAAGCAGCCAGGAUUCACCUGUGCCUCAGAUGGUUUGACAUAUUAUAAUCGCUGCUACAUGGAUGCUGAGGCAUGUGCCAGAGGUAUCACGCUAGUGGAAGUGCCAUGCAAGUUUGUGUCUUCUUGGCCCCUAACUACAACAGCACCUUCUGAAACCACGCUCCAGCCAACCCAACCAUCAACUCCCUUGGAAGUACCAGUGCCUCCAGCCUUGUACCAUUCGCCAGCACCACAAUCGGUGAACGUGGGAGGUACUGUAGGUCUGCAAUGUGAGUCUAGUGGACGUCCACGACCCGAGAUCCUUUGGGAAAAGUUGGGUGAAGGCCCUGCUGCACCACUCAUGCGCCCAGACCAAAUGUAUGGCAACCUUGUGGUGACCAAUUCCGGCCAACUUGUCAUUUACAAUGCUCGCCCAGAAGAUGCUGGCAUUUACGUUUGCAUGGCGCGGAACUCUGCAGGACUUCUCCGUGCCCAGUUCCCCCUCUCUGUUGUGAAGAAGGGUAAAACUUCAGGGGCGGCACCUAACCAGCGUCCAGUUCACCCCUCUGAAUGUCUCAAGCUCCCAGAUCAUAGAGAUUGCCAUGGUCUUCGAGUCCUUCGUUGGUACUAUGACUCACAAAGUGGAGACUGCCAAACCUUUUAUAACAAGGGAUGCUCAGAGAGUACCAAUGUCUUUCAAACUUAUGAAGAGUGCAGAUUAUCAUGCCAGCCCCGACCACCAGACCUCUGUACAUUACCACCUGUAAGAGGACCCUGCAAGGCUCUACAGUGGAGGUGGGCUUAUAGUCCUCUAAUGCGCCAGUGUUUUUCUUUUAUUUAUGGUGGAUGCCAUGGCAACCAAAACAACUUUGAGAGUAGACAAGUAUGUGAUGAUCGUUGCCCUCUGCCACGUACUAAGCAAUGUCUGGGAUGCCAUCUACGUGGACGACUUGUGCCUAGCUUGUGCCGUAGUGACUUUGUGAUUGUGGGGAGGCUUGAGGAUUCUGGGGAGGAAAGAGUGCUACGAGUGGUACUCCUAGAGGUACUAAAGGAUGACUACAUGGGCCUACAUCUUUUCCAUACCAAGUACUUGGAAGUGACAGUGGGGGACAGUGGAGAUGGUGGCUGCAUGUGCAGCAGUCUUGCAGGUUCAGGAGACAGUCAGCUUUUGAUAAUGGGUGAAGUACAAGAUGGCAUGGCUUUAUUAGGACCCACAAGCUAUGCCCGGCCUGCCAAUGAGAAAAGACUGAGGAAGGUCAGAGACAUGCUUGAAAAGGGAACAUGUCAGAUGCUGAACCGAUUCCAGGACUAAAAAUACAGUGAAUCCUCCCAAGAAGACCAUUCCUUAAAGAUGAUCACCCCCAUCUAGACUGCUUUUUACUGUGACCAAUUACUGUCCAUUUAUAGCUAAUAGAAGCUACCCUGUAGAAGAAAAAAAAAAAACUAUUUGACCAAAGAGCACAUUUUUAAAAUGUUUAGUGGAAACCCCUUAACAAUCGAGUCAUAUGUGCUCUGAAUCGUCUGGAAGCAGAUCUGCACUGCUGCACCAAAGUGGAGCAGGAACGAGGAGGAGACUUGUAAGGACAUUAAGGGAGACAAAAUGGCACAUCAAUGGAGCUCAUAAAGCAGGCAAAGUAGCAUUCCCAGCUUUAGUGGGGUUCAUUAGCUAGAAGGCAGGAGAAAUUAAAGCUAUACAGGCCAUAUGAGGGCCAAGAAUGCUAGGCUCCAGAAUUGAGAUGGAGAGCCAUGUUGGGGACAAGAUGAAAAGCCGAGCAUGGGACCAUGAAUGAGAUAGGGAGUAAUGAUGGGGACAAAGGAUAAAUUAGAAAACGUGUGGGACCAUGAUUGAGAUUGAGAGCCAUGCUGAGGACCAGGAUUCAGAUUGGGGAUCCAUGCAGCAGACCAGGCAUGAGAAAUUAGUCAUAAUGGGAUCACUAUUGGAAUGGGAACCAUGCACCACACAAGGAAUGAGAUGGAAAGCCAUGCUGGGGACUUGGACUGAUAUGGAGAGCCAUGCAGGGGUCUAGGAAUGAGAUGGGUGGGUCAUGCUUAGGACUAAGAAUGAGAUAGGGAGUUAUACUGGGUCCUAGAAAUGGGGAGCUAUGCUUGGAAUGAGUAAUACAAUAAGGAGCCAUUUUGGAGACUAGACAUUAUAUGGGGAUUCCUGCUGUAGACUAGAAGUGAGAUGGCAAAUCAUGCUGUGGACCAGGAAUGAAAUGGGGAACCAUGCUGGAAACCAGGGAAAAGAUGGAGAGAAAUGCUUAGGUCUAGGAAUGAAAUUGAACCAUGCUGGGGUCACAAAGAAGGUUGAGGGCAAUGCUAAGAACUGGAAUGAGGUAAGCAGCCAUGCUGUGGACUAGGAAUGAAAUAGGGGCUAGGACCUGGACUAAGAUGGGAAGCCUUGCUGGCGACCAGGAAUCAGAUUGAAUACCAUGUUAAAGCCAUGGAAGGCUAGAAAUCAGAUGAGGAAUCGUGCUCUUGUCUAGGAAUGAGAUGGGAACUGUGAUGGGGACUAGGAAUAAAGGUAAUGAAAGAGCUUUAUUGAUCAUUCAGUCGUCAUUACAAGUCAUACAAUAAAUUACAAUCACACAAAGCAUGAAAAUACAAUAUACAGCACAGGUUUCCUAAACUAUACACCGUACCACAUGCUACACUAACACUCCGCGCCAUCACUCAAUAUCGAAGAAACAAAGUCUAGAAAUAAACUGGGAAGUUGUGGUGAGGAUAAGGAAUGAGAUGGUGAGCAACACUGGGAACCAGAAAUGAGUUUGGUAUCCUUGCUGGGGAUUGUGAAUCAGAUGGAGAGUGAUGUUGGGGACAAGGAAUGGGAGCGGAGUCAUGCUGGGGACCUGUAAUUCACCACACGAUAAAAUACAUUAUUUAUAAUUAUUUAUGUGCUCUACGUGCUUGUUAGCUCUAUUGGACACAUUAACCAGCAUUAUACUUGUUUCUUUGAUAGAGCACCUCCAUAGAACACCGCUUUGUUGUGCAAAUUUGGGUGGUCAGCUCAAAGAGGGUUCACUAUACAAGGGAUACCAUGGCGUCCUGUACCUAAGGAAUUUAUAAGGACAAAUAAUCCCAAUGCUGGUUGUUCAAUGGGCAAUCGUGCCUCCACGAUAUCACUAGUAAAUUUAUAGGCUACUGAUAUCCUUGAAGGGGUACUCCAAUCCCUUUUUAUUAGAAGGGUCCCCUGACAAGAAUAUGAUUUCCCGCUGCUAGAACCUCCAGCUGUAAUCAGGGAGGAAACGUAACAGUAAGUGCUCAAAUUUCCUGCAGUGCCUCCACAGGGGAAAAACAGCAUUACACAACACUUACUUAAAGCGUACUCAUCAUUUCGGGUACUUUUUUUUUUUUUUAUACUACUACUCCACACUGUCCAGUGUAUCUACGUGUGGAGUAGUACUAGUUGUGGCCUUUAUAUGAAUUGCAUAUGUCAUUUUUUACCCCUCUAAAGGCUCCAUUUCUAAGUGUAAGCUUUGCCUGAACUAAGCUCCAGAGUGGAUGAAGACUUGUCUCUAUGAUGGCUUCCAUACGCUACAUACACACAGAAAACAGGAAAUCCUGCUUUCUUACCUCUCUGUAGCAAACCUUUAGAAGUGGCAGCAGCAUUGAGGACAUUGUAGUGCAGUACUAAGCAGUGUAAGCUGUGAACCCAGCUCUGGGAGUAAGCCUGCAGCAUAUUUGUCUGCACUUCUCCCAGUGCUUUCUUUUAUUUUUUUUUAAUCUCCCCUCUCAAUAGACUUCUAUAGGCAGUGUAACUUGAUCUCUCAGUGAAGCUGAAAGCCCUUUUUACACUGUUGUAUAGAUUCCAGUGGCAAACUGAUAGGAAGUCGGGGGGUCCUAUAUUUACUUGUACUAUUGAUUCAUGCAAAGUUGAAAUGUUACACCUUAAGUCACUAACCACUCUAACUGUACCUUUUAAAAGUAGGUCGCUGAUCAUGUGAUGUAUAAACUCAACAGUUUACCAUUUUUGUAAAUAUAUAAGUAGCCCUUCUAAAUCGUCAAUGUAAUUUAGAUGACAUUUUCUAAAGGACAAUUUCUUGUAUAAAUGACACCAAAUUUAUCUGUUGUCGUUUUUCGUUAUAUUGUACCCGUUGUGUAUUUUCUAUUCUAUUAAUAAUUUUAUACAUUUUUUACUUUCUGUUGGUAUAAAUAAAUUAAAAUAACACAUUAAUAUAGUCCAUUCCCAGAGUCUUUCAGAAAACUUGUGAAAUAUAUUAACAAUCUGGGUCUUUUAUUUCCGUCUACUAUAAAUAAAUGUAAAAUAAAUCUCCCAUUAAAUGAGGAAAGGUAGUGCAUUACCACAAGUGACCACAUGAGGAAGCACCAGGCUUGAAUUACACUUUUACCCUAUUCAGAAUGUGGAUCACAACAUUUGGCUUUCUCUUUAUUGGGUUAACAAAAAAAAUUCACAGGCCCCUGUGACUUACUAGACCUGUAUAUGUCAGAAGUAUAUUGACAUCAUAAAUCAUAGUUAAAUACUACUGUGCUCCAUAUCCAAAACGACAUGCUGGGUGUCUGUGCUUGGCAAGCAUGGGCCCCAUUCAUUUUAAAGGCCCAAGUGUAGUCAGCUAGUGCUUGGGUCAUUUUCUGAGCGUAUAUAAGUUUUGACUCGGAUGUAAAGCGUGGCUUGCAGCACUUUUCAAUCUGCUCGGAUACAUUCGGAAAUGACCCGAAGGUAGUCACUAGCUGACUACAUUCGUGUCAUUGUAUGGGGCCCAUGCCUGUCCGAGUAUAGAUAGGUCGGCAUGUCAUUUUGACAAUUUCCUGGCAUAUCUGUGCCUCGGAGGCACAAACCAUGAUGUGACAACCCUGCCUUAAAGGGGUACU